AUGGAGAGUGCCGAGACGCACAGAGCAAAAGAAGAGAGAGGAAAGAGAGUAGCCAUGUCAAAGGUAUCAUGCAUAGUAAGAAUGAUAACGAUGAUAGUGGUGAUGGUGAUGGUGACAGUGACGAAAGCAGCUUCAAUGAACUACGCAGAAGCAUUAGGAAAGAGCAUUCUCUUCUUCGAAGGUCAGAGGUCUGGCAAGUUGCCACCUUCUCAACGCAUGAAAUGGAGGAAAGACUCGGCACUUUCUGAUGGCUCAGAUAUUCAAGUAAACAAACUCUCCAUGGAUUUGGUAGGUGGAUACUACGAUGCUGGCGACAAUGUGAAAUUCAAUUUUCCAAUGGCAUUCACGACGACGAUGCUGGCGUGGAGUGUGGUUGAAUUCGGAGAUUCGAUGGGCUCAGAGCUUAAAAAUGCAUUGGAUGCAAUCAGGUGGGGAACUGAUUAUUUCAUCAAAGCCACCAAAUUUCCUGAUAAGGUUGUGGCAGUAGUGGGCGAUCCCGUUAAGGAUCACAAUUGUUGGGAGAGACCAGAAGACAUGGACACUCCUCGAACCUCGUACUAUGUAACUCAAAACAAACCAGGUUCAGAAGUUUCUGCUGAGAUUGCAGCAGCACUUGCAGCAUCUUCCAUUGCAUUUAGGUCAACCGAUGCUUCCUAUUCCAACUUUCUUCUCAAUAGGGCUAUUCAGGUGUUUGACUUUGCAAAUAAGUAUCGUGGAUCUUAUAAUCUCAGCGUAGGUGAGGGAGCAUGUCCAUUCUACUGUGAUUAUAGUGGCUACGUGGAUGAGUUGAUCUGGGGUGCGGCAUGGUUGUAUAAAGCCACGGAGACAACCAGUUACUGGGAUUUUGUAAAAGCAAACAUUCAAUCUAUAGACAAUAAUAAUUUUGAAUUUGGAUGGGAUUGCAAGAAUGCUGGUAUAAAUGUACUUGUUUCUCAGAAAAUACCUUGUGGGCAAGAAGUUGCGGAUCCAACUUUGCUCAUAAAUAUUGCAAAAAGUCAGGCUGAUUACAUAUUGGGAAAGAACCCUCUGGGAAUGUCAUACAUGGUGGGAUAUGGAGACAAGUUUCCUGAAAAGAUACAUCAUCGUGGUUCUGUGGUGCCAUCUUUGGAUGCACACCCUCAACACCUUGGUUGUCGUGAUGGAGAUGAAUACUUCAAGUCAGAUAAAACCAAUCUUAACGUCCUAAUUGGGGCUGUUGUUGGAGGACCUGCAGAAGAUGAUUCCUUUCAGGAUUCCCGUUUAAAUGUUGCCCAGUCAGAGCCAACCACAUACAUCAAUGCUCCUUUUGUUGGUGUUUUGGCUUACUUCAACAAACCUACUGUUACUGUUAGUUAG